AUGGACGUCCGCCACUCGCACGGAUCCACGGUGCACGUCCUCCGCGCGUGCUACCACGACGACGCGCACGACCUCGUCGCCCUCGGCGGCGACCACUCAGUCGAAGUCAUCCAGCUCGGCGAGUCCUCGUGCAGGACAAUUGCGACGUUCUACGUCGGCCUGCGCACAACCGCCAUCGCUUGGUCCUCGCGGGUCAGCUCGCCUUCCUCCUCCGACCGCUGGUCCAUUCAGCUCGCCGUCGCCGCGUCCGACUUCAGCCUCUACCUGCUCACGAAAGAUGCCGGGUCGGAGGAGUCGGUCUUCCGCUUCGGCAGCGGCCUGAGCGGCCACCAUGGCACGGUGAACGACAUGGCGUUCUGCGGCGGGCAGAGCGAAGACAGCUCGCGGUAUGUCGCCUCUGUGUCUGACGACAAGUUCCUCAUGGUUUGGGACCUCGAGCCGUCGAUAAACAUCGCCUCGCCAUCCUCGCCGGAUGGGGGCGGGACGCCGGAGGGGACGUCGGAGCGAGCGCAGCCGACGGCGUACGCGGUCGCGUUCCCGCACCCGCUCACGUCGGUGGACGCGCACCCGUCGACGAGCAAGGAGGUGCUGGUGGGCGACGCCCGGGGCUCGGUCUUCCUCACCGACUGGCGCACGGACCAGGAGGGGGACGAGCAGGCGCGCUGGCGGAACCAGGCGAUCGUCGAGCUGCUCGAGCCCCGCGCGCUCGCCGACGCCGCGCCCGGGCUCGCGACGCGCUGGUCGGGCUCUGUCGCGUGGCGCCGGGACCCGUCUGCGGACUUCGUGGGUGCCGCGUACGGCUCGCGGUUCGCGCUCUGGGACAUGGGCAACCUCCACGGCGGGAAGCCCUACCUCGCCGGGCCCUCCUUCCCCGAGGGCGGCCACCAGUUCAGGUGGUGCCCGACGUACCCGGACUACUUCGCGGUCUCGACCCGCAGCCCUGCGCGCGGCGCCGCCAUCCACGUCCACAACGUCGCCUACCCGCACGCGCCCCCGACGGUGUUCGCGCUCGCGCGCCGGCCGCUGUACGUGCGCGCGUUCGACUUUGUCGCCUGCCGCGGCAUCCCGCGCAUCGCCGCCGCCGUCGGCCGCGACGUCGUCGUCUUCUACAUCGGCGUCGACUCCUAG